UCAACAUUCUUGGUUUGUUGACGUGUUUGACAAGUGUUUUUAUAUUUGUGUACGGAGAUCGGAAAUAUCCAAAAAUGCAGGAAAGCGAUUCAAACGGGAGUUCUUCGUUUGAAAUAGUUGAAAAGAAAGACGUCGAAUCUGCCAAGACGAGCGAUAAAAGCGAAACACUAAGCAUUUCUUCCCCGUAUUCGAUUUCUUCGCAAAGCAGCACUAGCAUAUCAGUGGGUAAUAUAUUAUCUUCUGUGGCACCACCCGCUGCUAUCCCAGAUUUUAAAUUGUGGACCCCCGCGGGCCCUCAAAUAAAACCUACCCCUCAUGACAAUCAAAUUGCAGUCACCGCAGCGCCCGCAAUUGAUAACCAAUUUCCAGUAACGCAGUUUAGUGCGGCUAUACCACCCAGCAAAGGUGUGCCUCAAGAACCUUUCCAAAAGAGAAAUAUCCAGCCGCCAGAAGCGGAAAGUAUAUCAGGCACGAGUUUUUUAGGGCUGGUAAAGGGCGCUUUGUCAAAUCCAGUAUUUACUAAAAUGGCCGAAAAAGCGAAGAGCUCUGUAGACUCUUUAAUAACAACCUUAGACCCUCAAAUGAGCGAAUACAUUUAUUCCGGAGGCGACACAGAGUUUAUAGUAACAUCAACUGACGAAGAAAUUAUAAGUGCAAUAAGAGAGGCAGUUCAUUCCAUUUUAGGAAAAGCAUGGGUGAAUGGAAUCAAUCUCCCUUCAGAUAAGACCCAAGCAGUGGGAUUCAAAGAGGGAUUAAAAAGGGCCAAGGACAAGGUAGAAAAGUCUUAUAAAAUUAAGAAAGCUCCCAUAGUUGCUGUAGAAAAUAUCCUUUUGUAUGAAAAUGAGAGUUGGUAUGAUGAGAGCGUAUUGCUUCUUAUCGAUGCCGAGAAAAAUAUAAAUCUCAGCACAUUUUCACAAGCAACGCCGGUUCCAACGCUGAAAUUUCUAAAACAAAUAGAUUCAGAGUAUGGGGAUUCUGACAAGACCGUAGAGCAGAAAUUAGCAGAAUAUCUAAAAGCGAUUCCGGGCUGGCAAGAGGAAGUUUCUGGGGUAUCCCGAAAAGAAGUGAUUUUACUAGCCGCCAAAACAUUGUUCAAGCUUUACAAAGAGCACUUACCACAAAAUAGAUAAUUUAUAUAUCAUUUAAAGGAAGUUAAUUUCGUUUAUCUGCAAUUAAGUAAUGUGUAUUAAAUAAUAUUCAUCUAUUUGUAAAUACUUAAACCUUGCCUAAGUACUUAUAAUUUUCAUGUAAAUAUAUCAAAUAAAGGAAAAAAAUU